AGGGAUCUACUCGUCCUCGUACUCGACCAGUACUGGUAAUGGACAGAAGAACCGCAUCAACGGGUAAGAAGAACAUAUGGCACAGUGAGUUUAGUCAAUCUGGUCAAAUAUAAUUAGGAGUACUUACUGUAGUCACUCUGAGUCAUUCCACGAAUGAUUUUGAUGGGUUGAGGUUUUGAAACCAACCGCCUAUGAGAAACCGAACAUCAUUCAAAACAACCCCCAACAAAAUACUGCUCGUGCGUACAGUUUCUGUUACCGAAGAAGAAUCUACCUGGUCCUAAUAGCGGCAAACGCACUCCUUUCUGGUCAAAACAUGUGAUCCCCGAUCCUCGAUCAAAACUUGGAUCGUGACAACAUAGAUACUUGGCGUUGAAACCAGCAAUGAAGAUGACAGAGCUGCUUCUAAGAAAGAUUAUACCAAUGGUCUUUUUUUGCUUUGCACUUGGCCCUUUAAAACGCGUUGCGGGAUUAGGCGUCGGAAGAAAUAGCUGGAAUAGUACUCCGAAACAGUAUGUUUCCAAAUUCACCCGUCGGCACCAAUGGAACAAUCGACGUAAUGAGUUUCGGGACACGAGGUUAUUCUUCCUCGAUACCAAGUUCCAGAUCAAGAAUUCGGUUCGCCAAAUCCGAGUAAACGCUGCAUUAACAACCAUUCAGAGAUGUAUGGCAACAGAUUUACAAGAUGUAUCGGACCAAGAAAAAAUAAUAGAUGAGGUGUCUAUGGAAGAGAUGGCUGAUGGCGACAAACCGUCAGAGGAAAAUUUUCUACCAAGCAUUAUGGAUGGAUUUUCUGUCGUGCGAAUGUACAAGACGUGUCAGGACUCCGGAUUUGAUCUGGAUCAAGUUGAGGCACUCGUCGGCGUCGACGACGUCGGUCGACUCGAAUUAACACCAAGAAAUAUUUCGGUCCCGAUAGCGCUCAUGAUGUUGGAUCCGGGAGAAUAUCCAUCGAGAUCAGCCGCUCGGAAGGCAUGCCGGAAAGCUAGAAUAUUGAUACAUCGGGGUCCUCUGGAGAUUGAUACCGAGACUGGGGAAGAACAAUUCGACGCAAAAAACUGCGUGCGGGCCCGCGUCGGGGAUCGGGUCUUUCCGGGAGACGUGAUGUGUGUUCAGGUUCGUAUUGCGGACGGAACCGUUCCCGUCGCGAGACACCAGAAACCUCCUUUCGAGCUACCGGUGGUUUUUGAAGACGACCAUUUCGCCAUUGGUAAGCCAGAAUUAUAAGCGAAAGACUUGACUUUAAGCCAUGGUUGUGAAUGGAUCGAGUACUCGCAAUCAUCCCUUUAUUUGUUGGCUCACAUCCGUGCUACUGUUCGACUCUUUCAUUUGCACUUACAAAAUCCUAAAAAAACUUAUCAUGUUGCUUUCGUUUAGUCAACAAACCGGCCGGGAUCGUGGUCUAUGCGAAGAAAGGGGGCGGGGAAGGGUUCAUGACGAUUCGUGCCGCGAUUCCGUUCGCGGUAUCUCCACCAAAGGCAGGAACUUAUUCUAGUCUACGCCGUCCCAAGCCAGUGCACCGACUCGACAAACCAACAUCUGGCUUGCUGAUUGUUGCGAAAACCAUGCCCGCAAUGGUGAAUCUUUCGGAGCAAUUCCGCGCCCGGAAAGUUAAGAAAACUUACACUGCUAUUGUGAACGGAAUCCCGCCGGAACGAGCCGAAAGUGUAAUAUCUACCAAGGAGGCUUACACAAUGGGGUUCGAUGUCGACCCAGAUUCAUGCAGUAACGACAAAUGGCAGGUGAUAGAUCACGUGCUGGACGAGAAGAGUGCAGUUACAGGCUGGAGAGCACUAAAAUAUUCCAACAGCAUCCUGGCUAACGAAAACGUACUAACAACUGUUGAAUUGAAGCCAAAAACCGGUAGGUAUCAUCAACUGAGACGACAUAUGUCAUGGGUAUGCGAAUGCCCCAUCAUAKGUGACAAAGAGUACGACGGAGGCGGGGAUGCCCAGGGGCUACGAGGAGAAGGUCUUUUUCUGUGCUCGAACAAAGUUACGCUGGAGCAUCCAUUCUACAACUCCUUAGAGGAAGAAGGUGAGAAGCUUCUACAACAACUGUCAGAGAAAGAGAAAGAAAGCUUGUGGUUAUCU